CGCGCCCCUCCCCACUUUCAUUUCGUACCUCAGUGGAGGAGAGAGAGAGAAAAAAAAGGAAAAAAGAGUCAGAGCAGUGAGAAAGUGCGAGAAAGAUAGAGAGAGAGAACGAAGAGAGAGAAUGUGGAUGAAGUGGUGCAAGAGUACUGAAUCGGAGCUUUGUAUUCGGCCAUGGACACUCCAGUGAAGAGCCAUUCCACCACUACUCCUUUCUCUUCUCAAUUCGAGGACUCUCCUGUCUUCAAUUACAUUAGCAACCUUUCUCCAAUUGAGCCAGUCAAAUCCGGACAUAGCAAUCACACUUUGAACUCAUUAAAUUUUGCAUCUCCGCCGUCUGUCUUCACUUCACCGCAGAUUAGUUCCUUUAGCGAAACUAGAUUUUCGCUUAGAAGGCAUAACCUCUUGGACUCAUCUAAAACCGAGUCCUCUCAAAGUGAAAUUGAAAAUGCCAUCAAAACAACUGAAGGAGUUUCACUUGCUAGUCAAUCAGAGCAGCUGGGACAUUUAAAUUCUGGGAAUUCCGCAAGAGAGGUUAAUGAUGAGCAACCCACUGAAAACUUCGAGUUAGCAGUUGAAUUCCCAGGUACUUUGAAGUAUGAUUGCGGUAGUCCCGAUGACAAUCCAGUACCUCUUAGUGUUGUUCAUAGAGAUGUUAUGUUGGAGGCGGGGGAAACAGGGGCAUCUCUUGUUCAGUCUGUCACAGAUGAUUCCAAAGUGGGGCACUGUUUGUUUGAGAGGGAAAAAGAUUUGCGCAAGAUCAGUCGGGUUGAGCAAAGCAAAGACCUAGAAGGUUGCGAUUGGGUGAAUGUGAUAUCUGAUUCCAAUAAUCUGCUUCGUUUGGAUUUGCCAAUCACUAAAGACCACUCCGAGGAGCAGGAGUUGGGAAUGGUGGAUUCUGGUACGAUUUCUUUGGUCUCAAAUGUUCUAGAGGACAAUAGCAAUCAUAAUGAUCGUGGAAAAACAGUGUGCAUUUUCCCUACUGGUUCUAGUGAACAACUUGGGAUGAAGGCACCAGGUAUUCAGCCAGAAGGGAUUGUAGGUGUGAAGGAAACGGACCAAACGCCAGCAAUGCUCUCUAGCACCCUAUUGAAUCAGCUGGUUGUUAGCAAUUCAAGUGAUUUGGUUGACGGCAAGAGUCAAAAGUAUAUCAACUCCAGCACUACGCCUAGUUCUCAGUUGCAUCGCACAAUCAGAAGGCGCUCUCUGGUUUUUGAAAGAGCAGAAUCUCAUAAAAGGAAGUCAAUCUGUGAUUCAAUACAGUCUAAUAAUAAAGCUGCUACUUCUGAUGAUAAAUUGGCACUGAGCGGUUAUUCUUUUUCCAAGCUACCUGGCAUUGGUUUGCACUUGAAUACUCUUGCAAGUACAAAUGAUGGUCUAGUUAGUAAUGAGAAUUGGGCUUCUGAAAGUCAACUAAUAAGUACGCCAAGAAUAAUGAAACCUUGUUCUCUUGCACUGCCUGAAGUUCCACCUGAUAAUUUGGAGAGAGCUUUGGUUCCCUGGGACGGUGAAACUCAAGUCACAGAAACUACUUACCAAACCUCUGAAUAUCUUGUAGGUGAAGAGUUAAAGCAUACCAGUCCUCGAAACAAAAGGUGUAAGUCCGAACAAGUUGGAGAAGACUUGGCUUGCAAGCGCUGUAACUGUAAGAGGUCAAAAUGCUUGAAACUUUACUGCGAAUGUUUUGCUGCUGGUCUCUACUGUGUUGAGCCUUGUUCAUGUCAAGAUUGCCUUAAUAAGCCUAUUCACGAAAAUAUUGUUCUAGAGACUCGUAAACAGAUUGAAUCACGCAACCCACUUGCAUUUGCUCCCAAAGUGAUAAGAAGUGUCGAUGCUGUUUCAGAAUAUGGGGAAGAAAUAAACGGAACUCCAGCUUCAGCUAGACAUAAAAGGGGGUGCAAUUGUAGAAAAUCAAGUUGCUUAAAAAAGUAUUGUGAAUGCUAUCAGGGUGGUGUUGGAUGCUCUAUGGGCUGCAGAUGUGUGGGAUGUAAAAACACUUUUGGUCAGAAGGAUGGUGACAUUGGAACUGAAGAAACUGAAUUCAAGGAGCCGAAACUGGAAACCUAUCAAAAGCAUGCACACGAUGUCAGCUUAGAGAUGGCCAAGGACCAAGACCUCCCUAUAACACCGUCCGAGAUUGGCAGACCUUCGAAUCAACAGCAACUCAACUUUAGCAGGAAGCCCCGGACUUCUCUGUAUUCUAUUGGAUCAUCUCCUCAAUUGGGCAACCGAGAAAAUCGUGAAAAGAUCAGCUUUGAGUCUCAUCUGCAAAUGAUUCCUGAAGAUGGAACUCUUGAGACACUGGAAAGCAGUUGCCCACAAACUAGUGGGGUCAAGUCAACCUCUCCAAACUCUAAAAGAGUCUCACCUCCUUAUCGCGAGUUUGGCUCAUUGACGGCCCGGAGGAGUGGCCGGAAGCUGAUUCUGAGGUCCAUACCAGCAUUUCCUCAGCUUUCAAGCCACCAUGAUAGCGAUGGUUUUCCGGAGGAACACAGCCAAUUUUAGCAGCAAAAACACUUUUGAGUUGAGAUGUUCCCUCAGCCGUCGCCCGGCACACCGGUCGGAGCCCUGCCGCGCGUCCCAAUGCUGUCCCUCCCUCAUCGCCGCAUGUGCGGAUCACCACGUAUUACCCAACCUUAUCACCAACCAGCAGUGAGCAAUUCCUAUUAAGAUUAUUUUCGUUUU